UGGGUUGCAGAGCAGCGGGGGCAUUCUUCCAAGGUAAUGAUUAAGCUGAAUGCCACACAAGGGCAUGGGCAGCUGAGCAGGGAAAGUAAGAGUAAUACCUAUUCACACCUUGACCAGGAUGUAUUGGCCAGGUCUGAUUUAAGAAUUCAGAGCCCUAGGGAAGAGGAAUCAGGAGUUGGCAGCUGCAGCCUCCUGUGCACACGGCAUCUGGGAGCUUUUGGAGCAGAAGACUCUGUUGCCUCCUGAGACCUUGUUCUGGCCCUGGCAUUAUGAAUCUGCAGAUGUUCUGGACUGGACUGGAGUAUACCUGCCGGCUCCUGGGCAUAUGCACUGCUGCAGUGUUGAUCGGCGUGGGUGCUGAAACAUUCUUUCAAGGACAGUUCAAAAGCCUGGCUUUCUAUCUGCUGUUCACAGGAACCGCUGUCUCCAUGUGUGAAGGAUCCUUCUUUGUUGCUCAGCUGCUGGCUUUGUGCUUCCAGUGUCAGCCAGGGUCCCUGGCAUACAAAGCAAGGGAAAAGGCCCAAUGGCUGGGCUGCUUCCAGAAGUUCCUAGCCUACUUGCUGUUUUCAGUGGCCUGCUUCCUUCAUCCUGUCCUGGUCUGGCAUGUGACUAUCCCAGGCUCCAUGCUCAUUACCACUGGCCUGGCCUACUUCCUGUUGAGCAAACGGAAGAAACACAAACCUGCACCCAACAGGUUGGCACCCCCAGAGGAGUAUACAGAUCCCUCUAGCAGUGCUAUGAGCACCACUGGAUCUGGGGACACAGAGCAAACCUAUACCUUCCAUGAUGCCCUCCAGGAGGGACCCAGAUCCCUCUUCUUCCAUGUAAAGAGCAUCUUGAAGGGGAACAUCAAGCCCAGAGGCCUCCAACACCAAGAUGCCUUGACAGAAAUGUCUCUAGAGCCAGUUGAAGUGCUGGCCAAGAAAAAGCAGGUACACUUUGGAGACAGUGCGGUCAGGAUCAUCCCUUUCCUAGCCAAAGACGUGGAUGAUGAGAACUGCGAGCCAGAGGAGACCACCUCUGACACCACUCCUAUCAUCCCUCCCCAGCAGGCCCCACUCUUCCUGUCCUCCCUCUCAGGGGCUAGCUUCUUCUGAACUGCUUGUUCCAGCUUGAGGGACUCUCUGAAAGGGGUUUAUAUAGAUUAAUGGUUCUGCCUAGAUUUCCUAAUGUCCUCUUGAGUAUUUCUGUAGCAGCUCUUCAAGAGAUAUUCAUCUCUGCAGUUAUGGGGCCUCUGAGGACUCUGAGUGGUUCGGCAGAGACCUCAUGGGGACACCAGAGAACCUCAAACUGCUUCCAGUCAGCAAAGUCGUUCAUACUGAAUGCAGAAUGGACUCUCCCGGAGAGAUCAUCAAUUCCACCUCACCUGAUCGCCUGGAAAGCUAUUAAUCUUCUUUUGCUCCUAGCAGAAGGCCUAGAUAUCAAAAAGGACUCAUAUUCACUCCAUAUUUGCCUCAACAUUUCAACUCUGAAGACUCAGAUAAAGUAAUUUCUCUAAGGCCAGUGUUAAGGGAUGACAGGGGUCCCAAUCUCUACUCAAAUCACUCUGGACGGGGAGAGAGGGUGAGUGUACAGGCCCUCUGGUGGGAGUGGCACCCAGCAGUGACCCACAUUCUUUACAUACUCUGGGACUGGUGCAGAACAGCAGGAGUCACAGAACCACUUAGGGAAACAAUGGCACAUUGUGUUCACUGUACAAAUAGCCAGGCCACAUCAGAGAAACUCAUUCCAGAAACAUUUGAGCACUCCGUGCAUUCAUACCACGUGGACUAAUUCAAGAGUCCUAGUUGAUGACAUAAACCAGGAGAUCCUGAAAAUAAUGGCAAUCCUCAGCAGGGAAAGCUACAGUGCAGGAGGCAGUGCCUGCUAUAUUCAAGGACCACAAAGGCUAUGCCUCAACUAUUCACUCAGCACCCACAGUUGGCUCCACUAUACCUAAGUGCCUAAGUGUCUGAUAGCAAUAUAGGUGAGUUAUGUGUUUGUUAAAAAUAGAGGGAAGGGGACAGAUAAAGGUCAGUUUUCUUUUUGCCAUGGGGAUAUGCAAGUGAUAGUUAAUUUACACUAGAUAAAGAAACUUGAAUCAAA